GCACUCCAUCCCAUGGGUAAUGUAUAUGUAGCAUUGGUUGUUUAACAUUUACAUUCCGCAUGUACCGUACCACAGGGUAUGGACAAAUACAUUGUGUCUUCGGCUGAUGGAGUGCAAAGUCUUCAGGCAGGAGUCAAGCGCUGGCUAUUCUACCAGGUCUGUCAUCCGGGACAUUAGCGUUGAUACAUUCCGCUGUACAAAGAGUUAAGUGCCCUCUUGCACACCCCCUUUCUCCCUGACUGCCACUUAAACUGCUAGUAAUAACAACCCCCCGAGGACAUCAAUAGAGCCUCAGCAUUGAAUAAUCACUAUCAGGCGAGGAAUUCUUGCAGCAGCAGGUCCAUUGCCUGUGACAUCACACUUGGAGCCUGCAUCGAGCCUGGAGUUGCUUUCAUUAGCCGGUCUGUGGGUCUGUCUGCGUUCUCUCUAUCCUUUGUACUGGAACAUCCUGCCUUGAGGAAGGGCUUUCUAUACUGGAGACCAAGACACAGUGGGAGGAAAGGAUUCCAAGCACAGACCAGGGGAUCUGCAGCAUGACAUCUAUCCCUGCUUGUUACUUACUGUCUGUUCUAUUGCCUGCUAUGGUUUUCAGCACCAGACAGGGCUAUGAGGACUUGGAAAAACAACUAAAGGAAGUAUUUAUGGAGAGAAGCAAUAUCCUCCAGCAGCUUUCAAAAAGACACAGGGAGCUUGAAGGCAUCAAAGGAAAUUUACCGUCUUCGAAAGGCAAUGAAGCAUCUUCCAAGAAUGAUGUCCAAAAACUUCUGGAGUUGGAACAAAAACAAAGGGACGAAAUGAAAUCCCUGCAGGAAACGUUCACAAAGCAACUUAAUGAGGCAUCUGAAAAGGCUGAAAAGCAGCAGGCCACUAUAAAUUUCCUAAAAACUGAAAUGGAACGUAAAAGUAAAAUGAUUAGAGAUCUUCAAAAUGAGAACAAAAGUUUGAAAAACAAACUAAUGUCAGGAAACAAGCUUUGUGGCCUUCAUGCUGAGGAGUCUAAACGUAUACAGGCCCAACUGAAGGAGCUUCGGUACGGAAAGAAAGAUUUAGUUUCCAAGGCACAACAACUAACAGAUCUGGAGCAGAAGUUAACAGUGGCGAAGAGAGAAAUGGAAGCAGCAUCACUGGAUAAUGAAUCUCAACUAAAAGCCUUGAAAGAAACUGUCCAGCUCUGCCUAUCUUCAGUGUUACACAAUCAACCCCCCAUUGUAAGCAUCAUCUCAUCAAAGCCAAGAGAGCAGCCGACAUCUGUGAGAGGGACUGGGGAGACACCCAUUACAGAGGUCCAGAUGGCAGAAAUAUCAAACACAAGUUCCAUUUCCAGUCAAGUGGUAAAUAAAGAGUUACUGUAUGACAAGAACUGUGAUUCCUCUCUCAACGUAAGCUUAUGCCAUGUCACCAAAAAUGUUGAGCCAUGAACUUCUCUCUUCUUUGUCUAUAGAAUGUACGGACUGAUGGCUUUGCUACUCAACAAUAAUAUGCUUUGAAUAAUCUUCACCUAUAGUUGGUCAAACAUUUUCUUUCCACCUGAUUCUCUUAAGCACAGUAUAAAACAUGUUCAUCAUUUUAGGAAGAUACCUCAGCCCAACAUAAAUGUUUAUAUUCUGGAACCAUCAGCAGUUUCUACUCUUCAUAAAUCUAGAUUCUGUUUCUUCAUGUACGGGGAAUGAGCAGCACUAUGCAUGGACCAUCACUAUAUCUCAUCUGUCCUUAUUGUCCCAUUAGAAAUCUUAUACAUCGUUAUGGCUUUCAUUAAUAGCAGGUUAUGACUCUGAUGUAACCCACUGAUUUAUAGCAGGGUCCAUAGGGUUUCUGUUUCAGAUACUGCGUAAUUCUUGUUAUUAAAAAUGGUAGCCUCAACAGAGCAACAAAGCAGCAACAAAGUAGCCUCAACAAAGCAGCAAUUGGCCUAUAUAUCAGCAAUUGGUCUAUAUAUCAGCAAUUGGUCUAUAUACAGCUUUCCUACAGAAUUAAACAGCUAUUGUGUUGUUACAUUCUUCACCAAACAAUGGAGCCAAACAGACACUGACGGGUCAACUCAAAUUGACUCGAAUUGGUUCGACCCAUUGACUCUAAUGGGUUCCAUCGGGUAUCUGUUAUUUUAGGGGAAUUGAGCGUAGAAAGACUGUUGGCCAAUCAGUAUUUUUCACCUCCAAAUCUUAUUACUACAGCGUAAACGUGGCCAAAGUCGGUAUACAUUAAAAGAAGAUAAACAACUGAUAGCCAUGAUGCCAGACUGCCCUAAUGUUGGAGGACCUGAACAAAAUCCUGAAAUGGAUUUUUGUAAAGAAUUUUGACAAAAUUGAUAACUUAUUGUUUACCAGGCAAUAAGAUGUGGUACUACACAAUUUGUAGAACACUUUACGAUCUAUAUUUCCCUAUUGUGUUUUCCCAGAAAAUGUUAUGUUUGACCCUAGAAAUCGAGUUUUCACAUUUCCUAUCCCCCCCCAAAAAAAAAAAAAAUGAUUUUCUUUGGUGUUUUUUUUAAUAUAGCAAAAAUCCCUGCACCCAGAUGUUAGCUAAAAGUAAAUUGGGAAUUUUGAAAUGCCAAACCCAUUUUGCCAUUGUGUGGAAGCGUAGACUAGUAGACUAGUGUCACACACAGCAUUUUUUAAGCUAAAGACAGAAGUGGAUCCAGCAGAAAGGAGAUGUAUGAAGGUAUGAUCACACUUAGGAAAUUCCCCAAGUAAUUUCCUUUUGGAUCUCCUCAAUGGAAAUUCAGUGUGGAUUCUGCUUGCAGCAACCCCCCAUUGCUUUCAAUGGAUCUGAGUGUCAUCAAAAUAAAGCUUGGAGAUCGAAAUUUCAUUAAUUAAUGAGACUUUGCUGUGAAAAUACACUAAAAGAGUGAACAUGGAUCCAUUUAAUUUCUGUAGUGCAAACAUAUCCUAAAUAUUUCCUAUAUUUCAUAAUUUCAUAAAAACUGAAUGAAGAACUGAUACAAAAACUGCAACAAUGUUCCAAAAUAUCAAAUGUAUCAGUUUGUCUGUCAAAACAACGGAGCUCAAUUUUUUUUUUUACAUGUGGAAAUGAAAGCUGAGUUUUGAUUUGCUGCCAUGGUCAAAUAAGGCUUGGUUUACUUAUGUCCCACAUCCGGCCUAGGUGAAUUCAGCUCAGAUCUCAAUGCAACUGAUACCAUAACUGAUGGAAAACGUGCAUCAGUUGUCAUCAGUUGUAUGGCAUCCGUCGUCCAAUGAUCCACAGUCAUCCGGCGAGUCCAACCAUAUGGCGUCAAACUUGACAUGCUGGAUGAUUUUGAAUUGUCCCAUUCAAUUGAUCAUCAGUCAUCGGUACACACCGGAGGGAAACUAUGUUGGAUGCCGGACAUAUGUGAACCCAAAGCAGUUUUUGUCUUCAGACAGGUUGGUAAGUCUGGGCUUACUUAGUACAGUGUCUGAAACCCCAACCCCCCAUAUAUAUAUAUAUAUAUAUAUAUAUAUAUAUAAUCUAAUUUUCUUGUUGUCUUAAGCCACUCCUAGCGUUAGCUGAAAAAAACUGAAUCGAAUGGCAUGUCUGAAACCCUAUUGUACGAGUUUUUUGCCUAUAGUUUUCAAAGAAAUUAUUUAAAAUAAUUUCGAAAAGGGGUAAAUACCAACAAUAAAAAUAUUAGUAAUAUUCCCCAAGAGAAACUUCACUGAGCAAUACUGGUAUACAAGAACUCCAAUCAAAGAGGAAACUGUGUCAUAAUGUGUCAUAAUUUUAGUUAAAACAUCAAGAACAAUCCUGAAACUAUAUCACUGUAUGAAGCACACAAACCACCACAGGUCUGAUGGGUUACAACUUUUUUUUUUUUUUUUUUUUAGAUCUGAUGUAAUUUGUAUUUCAAUACUGAAUCUGUAUGUUAUAUGGUGUACUGUGUACAUCCUCGUAUGUAUAUAAUGAACCUGUACAUAGGAUUUGUAUAUUGCAGUUUAUGUAAUUCUCUCAACCUAUGGACCUUACUGUAUAGUAUAUGCACAUGUAAUAGAAAAAAGGGGAGGUAGAGACAGACGGAGGGGGCAACCUGUGCCGUUAUUCUGAUGGCAAUCGAUGCCGUAUUGCAAGUAGAGCGGUGCUCACCGGAUGGUGUUGUGCGCAGAGUACAACACCUUGUAGCGUGUGUCACCCAAUUGCAGGGUAGAAAGCCGGAAGCUGCCGGAGGUAAUCCCGUGUCGGAGGUUGUCUCUGACCGGUGCUGGAUAGGUUGAGUUUUCUUGUGGAAGCAGGAGAAAAGAUCAUCGUAGCGGCGCUCACUAGGUGGUUGCUGGCAGUAGCCGGGAGAGGUGUAUAUAGCCUCA